GAACGCUGGGCACAGGCCGUCCGUCAGUGCGAGCCGAGUCGGCAGAGGAGCGUUUGGAGGAGACACCCGGCGCUGCUGGGACAGGGACUCUCCGAGCGCUCGCCGUUGACGUGCGCCAUGUCCGCGAGGAAGCAGACGGCCCCCGACUCGAUGGAGCAGGCGUGCCUGCUGUGUCGCCGGGCAGAGGCUGACCCGGCUCUCUGCGGGGACAAACUGGAGAAGCGAGGGCUCUGUGCCCACGUCUUUUGCCUGCUUUUUGCCAACGAGCUUUUUCAGCGAGGGGACAGGGAAGCAGGACUCAUGGGAUUUCUCCCCGAGGAUAUUCGACGUACAAUCGCGCGGGCAGCGCAGAAGCACUGCUUCGUCUGUGGCGAGAGCGGGGCCGCCAUCUCCUGCUGGGAAAUGGGCUGCGACCGCAGCUUCCAUCUCCCCUGUGCCGUGGAGGGUGGAUGCGUCACCCAGUUCGCUCUUCGGUACAGGGCCUACUGCUGGCAGCACCGCCCAGAGCAGGCAGGGGAGGCGGCUCCGGAGGAGAACACCACCUGCCUCAUCUGCCUGGACCUCGUGGAGGAGAGAAAGUCCUACGGCACCAUGGUGUGCCCAGCGUGCAAACACGCCUGGUUCCACAGGGGCUGCAUCCAGGUAGGAGCCGUUCCCUCGCCCCCGGGCACGGCAGGCGCUCGGCAGCACCAGGGCCUCGCUCAUGCUCCUUAUGUUCUCCUCCUGCAGGGACAGGCUCUGUGCGCCGGCAUUUCUUGCUUCCAGUGCCCACUCUGUAGAGAUAAGGAGCUCUUUCUCUCGGAAAUGCUCACCAUGGGCAUCCGAAUCCCCUUCAGACUGCCAUCGUGGGAGAACAGGCGUGCAUACGCAGCACUAAGUGAGAGGCACAGCCGCUGCGAUGCCAGGGAGUGCCUUUGUCCAGGAGGCAGGGAGCAGGCAGAGGAAGAGGGGCCCUGGCAACUGCUCCUGUGCUGCUCCUGCGCUGCCGAGGGCACCCACAGACGCUGCUCCGACCUGAGGAGCAGCACGGCCAGCUGGGAGUGCGACGCGUGUGCUGGCCUGGGCACCGCCUCCAGUGCCAGCUCGGAGCUCGCCGGCCCCAGCGCUGCCGGCCAGGCAGGAUCGGGGCCUUCCCACGGCUCGCCGGCACCCGACACCAGCAGCCCCAGCACCGCCAGCCAGCUGCCAGCGGGGUCCUCCUGCGGCUCCCCAGCGCUGGAGACCAGCAGCCCCAGCACUGGGAGCCAGGCGGAAUUCGGGCCACCCCACGGCUCCCUGGCACCGCAGACCGGCAGCCCCGGCAAUGCAGCAUCAGGGCCGUCCCAAGGCUCCCCAGUGCUUGAGGGCAGCAGCCGCUCCAGCCCCCCUGGGCCCGACCGCGUGCGAAACAGCUCCCGCUUCCAACGCCGGGCCCAACAUCCCUACAGCCGGCCCGGAAGAUGCCACGACAGGAGCCGUGCGCCAGCACCAAGUGCUGAGAGCAGCACCCCCAGCCAGGCGGCGCUGGGGCCUUCCCACAGCUCCCCGGCACCCGAGACCAGCAGCCCCAGCACCGCCAGCCAGCUGCCAGUGGGGUCCUCCAGCGGCUCCCCACCGCCGGAGACCAGCAGCCCCAGCACCGCCAGCCAGGCAGCAUCGGGGUCCUCCUGCGGCUCCCCACCACUUCAGGGCAGCAGCUGCUCCAGCCCCCCUGGGCCCGUGCGGGUGCGAGACCGCUCCCGCUUCCAACGCCGGGCCCAACAUCCCUACAGCCCGCCCGGAAGACGCCACGACAGGAGCCGUGCGCCAGCACCAAGUGCUGAGAGCAGCACCCCCAGCCAGGCGGCGCUGGGGCCGUCCCACAGCUCCCCGGCACCCGAGACCAGCAGCCCCAGCACCGCCAGCCAGGCAGCAUCGGGGUCCUCCAGCGGCUCCCCAGCGCUCGAGAGCAGCAGAAGCUCCAGCCCCCCUGGGCCCGUGCGGGUGCGAGACCGCUCCCGCUUGCAACGCCGGGAGCAAAACCCCUACAGCCGGCCCGGACGCCGCCGCGGGACCAGCCGUGCGCCAUCCCCGAGCGCUGGUCCUGAUCCCCCUCCACCCGUACAAUAA